AUGGAUCCCGACGAAUUCAACGAUAUACAAUCACGCAUUUAUAAACUGAUCCCAAAGCAGACGCAAGACAUCGUUGCCACUGGAAUUUUCCUUGUCAUUUUGCCCAUCGGUUUUCUUAUCAAUAUUUUCUGCAUAAUGCCGGUUUGGUAUCCGGCGUUUGGAGAAGCAUGGGUCAUUCGAGUGUCUUGUUUCCUUGUUUUGGCAUUCAAUGUAUACAUGAACUGGUACAAAAUGGUAGCUGUUGGUCCAAGUGGAUUAAAUACGGCACUUCCUAAUGUUUAUAAGGCAGGUUUCAGGUACUGUCAUUCUUGUCAUACCAACGCUCCACCACGUGCUUAUCAUUGUCCAGUAUGCGACAAGUGUUGUUUACGUCGUGACCAUCACAGCUCGUUUGGCGCAGUUUGCGUUGGCCAUUUCAAUCAGAGAUAUUUUGUAGCGGCUAUCGUGAACCUCCUGAUACUUUGUAUUCCACUCUUCAGAUAUUUUGUAGCGGCUAUCGUGAACCUCCUGAUACUUUGUAUUCCACUCUUCAGUUAUACCUGGGACUAUACUUGGAGUCGUAUGGAUGGCGGCUUUUCGUUGUCGCGUUCAUGGCAUAUUUUCCUUCCACAUAUAGCUCUGAUGACGAGAAUAAUCUCGGUCUAUCAGUUCUGUUGUAUUGUGUUCUGUGCCUCUACAUUCACUGUGCUUUUAUUUGUGGCAUAUCUUGUCAGUGCGCAGUUCUUCUGCAUUUGGAACGGGCAGACGCGAAUGGAGUACCUAUUGGAUGUGCACGCCUAUCAACUUGGUCUCAUGGAUAACAUCCGUCAGUGUCUUGGAACUCGAUGGCCGCUCAUUUUUAUUUCACCAUUUAUUUCAAGUCAUUUACCAUCAGAUGGUAUGUCAUUUGUGACGCGGGACAUCAAGGAAUACAGUGAUCCGAAAAAUUUGUAA